CCAAGAGGGGCUACGGCAAGCGACUUGGCCCCUGAAAGCUGUGACCAAACGUUAUUGCUUACCAACUAUUCAAACAACAUAACUGUCCACGGAGCCAGGUGAAGACAGAAAUUAACUUCAAGUAGAAUGAUGAAUGGCAGGUCUACUGUGGACUGGGGGUGUCUGUUCCUCCUGUCUUGCUGUCUGCUGUGUGUUUAUUCUCAUGGGGAUCCACAUCAGCAGCCCCCUGCAGUAGAGAGUGCAGCUCACGUAACGGGCCAUGGUCACGGUCGCCUGGACAAAAACAUGGUCCAGGACAAAGACCACAUCAUGGAGCAUCUGGAGGGAGUGAUAGACAAACCAGAGAAAGACAUGACACCCCAGGAGCUUCAGCUGCACUAUUUCAAGAUGCAUGAUUAUGAUGGAAACAACCUCCUGGACGGGCUGGAGCUAGCCACAGCGAUCACUCAUGUACACAGAGAGGAGCGAGGAGAGGACAGCCAGCCAAUGAAGGAGGAGGACCUGAUUAAUCUCAUUGAUGAUGUUCUGAGGGACGAUGACAAAAACAAUGACGGUUAUAUAGAUUAUGCAGAGUUUGCCAAAUCACUGGAAUAGAGCAUCUUCAUGUGUCAUCAUGUCCACAACAACAGCAAGGAAUCUGCAGAGAAGGGGAGCGCCAUUAGUGGGUGUACAUGGAGCCAAACUGAGAAGCUGCACCACAUCGUUGAAGACCAUCAUUUAAUCUUUUCUAAUUCUCUCAAAGGGGUCAGUUCAGGGUCGAUGGUAAUUUAUGAGAGUUUUUCGGCCUUGUGACAGUUCUUUAGUCCAAGCUGGAAAGCAGGAACAAAUUUGGUUAUGCCAGUAAUUUAACAAGCAACAAAAAGGUGGAGUUCAAGAUUCAACUUUUUCCUUUUAGUUUGACUCUGGUGUAUGCUUACAAUGCACAGAAGGAUGUUUCUACAUCCUCUGUUUUUGUAGGUUCUUUGAAAUUGUGCCAUUAAAAAAGGACCAGUUCACCCAAUAACACUAACAAUCAUUCAUUUUAAACCUCAGUGGUACAUAGCCAUACAAAUAAACUGUCAAUUCUGUUAGUUGUGGUUUAGAGAGAUCUUUGACUACUGUCAUUAGCUGGUUACAAGUAAAGCUGGAAAUGUUCUUUUAAUUCUACCAAAUGAACAACUGCCAAUGAGAACUGUCUCUAGUGACGUCCUCCACUGCACUGCAGCAGCAGAAGUCUCAGCAACAGAUAUCUCUUAAAAACAAAAAAAAAAACUAUAAAACUAAUUUUAUAAUUUGGGUGAACUGACCCUUGAUACAUACAGGAAUGUUGUAGUGUGUGUUUCUACUUGUGUGUUCGUAUUUUUGUGGAGCUACACUGGUAGCCCAGUAGCAUCUAAACAGAACGUCCUCAUUUUAAAUGGACCAGUUUCCAUUUCAAACGUUGCUGUGUAAAUGGUGGACUUGUCACACGCCUGCUGUUCGAUGCUCAACAUAGUGGACCAAAUGAUUCCCUCUGUGAAUCCAUUUCAUUUGCUGUUUGUGAGACGAACAGGUCGUUCUCAUGACAAAAGAAAGUGGCCUUGCUCAGAUGUAUAUUCUAUGAUGUAGUGUGUGUGUGUGUGUGUGUGUGUGUGUGUGUUGGGGUUUGUAGAGAGUAGAAAACUUUGUUGAACUGAUGAAGUGACUGAUUUUUUUCUUGUUUUUUUUGUUUUUUGGAGGGAAGCCCAAAGUAACAAGCACACCAACAUGAAACUGAAUGGCAUGGUGUGGCACAGCAGCACCACUCAUUUCUUCUUGAAGUAGUUUUCGCUGUGGUCUUCAUGGUUAUUACCACAACAAUAUGAGCCAAUCACCAUUAUCCUCCCUCUAGUCGAUCAGCCAGCAGGUACGUCAUAAAGUGAAUGUAAAUUAGCAUCGUACUGUGCAAUGCUGGUUCUUUAUCACUGGAUAAGCUAGACUUAAAGCACACUGGUCGAUGCUGCUGCCACUGCGGCUUCAUGGGUUUCCAGAAAAGCACUUGUGCGCAGCUCCUUCGCUUGAGAUAUUAGCUGCCUUUAAAACAGAUAUGGAAACGACACUUCAGGUCGACAAUUGUUGAGUACAUCUGUAAUUUCUUCUAUAAUAUGAUUUUCGUAUGGAUGAAUUCUAUAUUUUUGCCAUUCAGUAUUGAUUCUUCAAUCAAUUCAGGUUGUUGAAUGCAAAUAUUUAAAAAAUAAAACUGAAAGCAUUACAGAUGCAACUCCGUUUUCUCUGGAAUAUGAAAUAAUAAAGAAAAAAAAAUUAUAAUCGAAAGA